AUGAAAAACAUAUGGAGCCCUGUUUGCGGAUUUCUCAUCGGCGCACUUCACACCCACCGCCGUCGUCUUCCUUCUUCCCUGAAACGGACGCCUCACUCACGACCACCCUUGCCACCGUCUGCCUUCUCAUCGCCGCGGUCGCCACUGCUUACUUGCAGUGAAAGCACAAAAGGGGAAACAGAGCCGCCGGUGGUAAGGUUCGUCCUCCCACUGACCGACGCCUCCUCCUCCUUCCCCACAUCCUCUGGUGGCAUCAUUGCAUUUAGUCACAAAAGAGUUAAUACAUGA